AUGUCACAACGAAGACUUUUACAAGAAGUGGAUCGAACGUUCAAGAAGGUGAACGAGGGAAUAGAUGAGUUCGAUUAUAUUUAUGAUAAACUUCUGGACAGUGAUAACCAGUCACAGAAGGAAAAGUUGGAGGGGGAUCUAAAGAAAGAAAUCAAGAAGCUUCAGAGGCAGAGAGAGCAAAUUAAGAAUUGGAUGAGCGGAAACGAAGUGAAAGACAGCCGGCCGUUGGGAGAAUACAGAAAGAAGAUCGAGCAUGAGAUGGAACGAUUUAAGGAGGUGGAAAAGGCAAUGAAGACGAAAGCUUUUAGCAAUGAGGCACUUCUUUCCGGAAAACCGGUUCUUGAUCCAAAGAGAAAAGAGAAAGCCAAAUGUUGUGAGUUUCUUCAAAAGAACAUUGAGGAAUUGCAAAGGCAGGCCGAGGUGAUUGAAGCGGAGGUCGAUAGGUUGUCUGCAGCUAUGAAGAAGCACAGGCCUAGUGCAACAAAGCAGCAGGAACUGGAUGAGCAGGAUGGGCGAUUGGAAAAGCACAGAUAUCACAUACGGAUGCUUGAAGGUGUGAUGCGAAGGCUUAUGAACGACAAAUUGGACGUAUCCCAGGUAAAUUCCAUAAGAGAUGACAUCGAAUACUACGUGGAGUCGAAUGAUGACCCAGAGUUCGUCGAGGAUGACGAUUUCUACGAAGAAUUGGGUGAUGAAGACAUGACUGAAGUUUUGGACGGUGAUUCUUCAACGGCUGACGUUUCACACGUCUCCUCGUCACAUUCUGCAUCUCCACAGCCUACAUUGUUGUCCGCUACCCGGACACAUACUACGAAUUCGUCCACAUCCGGGAUUGCACAGCCACAUGCACCGCCACAAGUGCAUACCCAGGACCAAAACCAAAACCAGACUCAGCCACAAGCGCAAGCACAGCCAGCGACCCAGUCGGUCCCUGUGGCACAGCCAGCUACAGCCGGUGCCGCUGCUACUCCUAGGGUGCAGCAUAAAGUGAAGCAGAGAAUACCAUCUGGAAUAAAGCUGACGUCCGUUUCAUUCUCAAAGCCGCAUUCUGUUGCUGCUACGCAUAAUCUGGCAUCGCAACUUUCACAUGCACAUCAUUCGUCUCCCGUUGCAUCGGCAGCAAUUCUUUCGGGCGGAUUGAAGCCAGCUGCACCUGUGAAAGCACCAAAACUCAAGUAUUCAGAGGUGGCAGCAGCAGCAGUCGCCAAUUCGACUCCUACUGCAAGAACUGUUCACUCUUCUGGCCAUUCCACACCUUUGCACACGGCCUCUGCACACUUGUCAACAACGAGAAUCUCGUCUUCUCACCAAGCACAGCCGCAUUCCCAAUCCCCAGCACCGGUUUCAGCUUCAUUGUCGUCUCUUACCCCGACGAAGCCCGUGCAAAAGUCCUCCAGCCCAGUUUCAAUGGCUGCAGCCUUGGAUAAUGCUGUGGUAAAAGACUUGGCAAGCUCCAUCAAGAAGUCGGUCUCGUUUCUGGACCUCUCGAAUUAUACAAACCUUCCAGACGGUUUCGACAAGUACGUGAAAGAUUUGGAAACUGCCAAGCAGCGGCUUGUGGAGUUCAAAGACUUUUCUGGCAACAAUGCACCGACCCAAACUACAGUGUCGGGAUCCCCCGCUCUAAACCAUAUUUAUGAGAUGAAGCUGCCGGAAUUCAAGACAAUCUACCCCCAAUUGGAGUCAUCUUUGCUCAACUGCCCGGACUCUUACGAUGCCGAUACGCCGAAUGACUAUGUUCCUACCAAUCAGUUUGUCACACAGCUGUUUUUCCCCAGAGAUCCUGCUGUAGAAGUUACAGGCUCCCGGAAACUGCUCAAGAAGCUCGAUUUGGACACUCUUGCUUACUGUUUCUAUUACAACAAUCUCAAAUACAAAUCCAGCUUCACCGACAUCCACAACUCGCAUGAAAGCCGCGAUUCGCGCUACCUCCAGUAUAUAGCUGCUCGAGAAUUACAUGAUCGCAGCUGGCAGUAUGACCGCCAGUCCAAAAUCUGGUAUCACAAUGAUCAAUUGUCUCCAGAAGCUUCCAAAGACUCUGCAAAUGGUGGUGUUGCUGUCUCUAGCUGGAACUUCUUUGACUUUAAGGACACCUGGAUGGUCAAAAACAAGCCUGGAUUCAAGUUUAACGAGAAUCAUGAGGAGAGGUCUUUCCUCUAG